AUUUCCAAAAAGCGGUGAAAGAAUAUCGGCCAGCGAGACGACACUAUUUGUCGUAGAUCGUGCCAAAGCUUUCAUGAUAGCGCUACUUAGAACAGAAGAGAAAGAUCAGCCUUUGAUAUUAGAUCUACCAGAGGCCACAUUCUCAACUGAUGUGCACAUAUUGAGAAACAUCAGGACGACUAUGGGGAGCAGGAAUCUCGCCAUACAGUCAGCCCAAAUUUACGGUAGUUUCGAAACCAUUCAAGACCGGACAUACGAUUAUUCAACAUUGGCGGAUAUGGAAACCUUUGAGCAGUUCCAAACAAAAUCUCAGCUAGGCAUAUCCACUCCUGUUCCCUUUCAAAUGAGGUUAUCUCAAGCAAAGCGAAUCACAAAAACUGUGCUGAAGCUCCCUUUGAUGGAGAUGCAGUGUCUCCAUAUCUCACGGGCCCUAUUACACCUCAUCGUCAGCUUGUAUCGAAACGAUAGAAUUAUGAAUGCCUUUGAGGAGGUCAUAAACACAUUAAUCGCUUAUGAUUCGAAUAAUGUCAACUCACAAGAAAUAAAAAACAGUCUUGUGCAGAUUCAUCGAGACAUUUCCUCGUGGGGUCGCAUGUGUCAGAGGAUCAAAGAGGAAUUGAACGCUCUAGGGCCCUUUGAGAUGGAAGACCCGAUGAAUGCAGCCAGACACCAUGACAAGGCGAAAGAGAUUCUCAUUCGUGGUUGUAUGGACCUAAAUAAGCUGAAGGUCAAGCCAUAUUCCGUCAGUAAACUACAAAACAAACUGGAUCCUGCUAUUCAAGCAGACAAAGGUGACCACGAUAAGGAAAUGGCAGGGUCUUCUGAACCCGAGACCUCAAAGACAAUGAUGAUCUACUUUAUGGACGAGCCCAACAGAGCCCCUGAACGCAUAGACCAAGACUGGGCUCAGUACAUGGAAAUUAUAUGGUAUAUUGCCAAUAAAUACGAAGUUGAGGAGCCGGAUAUAUGGAUCAGGCAUAGGGGAAAGCACAACCUCACGAGGAGUGGCCUAUACUGGGAAUACGUUAGACCAAAGGAAGAUAUUCCCCGGGACACGACAAGUCUCGAACUGGACGUAGUGGACCUCACAUCACGAAAUCGCUAUACCGUCGCCUUGCUACACGAUGAAGAUGACAGUGAAGCACCCAUGGUCUUAGAUAUUGGUAGAAGCGGUGGAGCUUGCUGCCGUCCGAACUGUGGGACCCUUCAAUCUCACUUGCACAACCUCUGGCCAACUAAAGUCGUCACCCGAGCCAUACGAAUUAGUGAUAGCUCAGUAGAUAUGCGGUCACGAGCGCUGAAUGAGACAGCAUUCGACAAUCAAAAACACGAUUUGUAUUUGCGAUGGGAAACUAAGCACAAAAUGCGUGCUCCUGGACAGCCAAAUGCCAAUCCUUCCCUUGGAGAGUGCUCUAGGAAAAUACAUGGACCCCGCCGUAUAUACGACUUCUCUAGCACGCGACCCAGCCAGCUAGGCUGCAAAUACAUUCAUGAUAAUGAAUUUAUUCAUCAAUCUGUCGACCUCAGUAACAUGGAGCCAAAACUAUUCGACCCUGUCACACAAAACCUUCUUCAUCACCAACCUGCCUUAUGGUUUAUUCCAGUACAAUACUUCAUAUAUGUAUAG